AAUCGCCUUCCGGCUCUCGCCCAGCGAUGGGGCGCCGGUCGUCGGACACGGAGGAGGAGAGCCGGAGCAAGCGCAAGAAGAAGCAUCGCCGACGCUCCUCGUCCAGCAGCAGCUGCGACAGCCGCGCGCACGGCCGCAGGAAGGGCGGGCGCAAGUCCAGGUCCCACUCGCGCUCCUGGUCCCGAGACCUGCGACCUCGCUCGCGCUCCUACGAGAGAAGGCGCAGGUGCCGCUCCAGCAGCAGCUCCUCCUACGGCUCCAGAAGGAAGCGGAGCCGGAGCCGGUCCAGGGGUCGCGGGAAGUCGUACCGAGGCCAGAGGUCGAGGUCAAAGAGCAGAACGAGAAGGUCCAGGUCGAGGGCACGUCUCCGUUCCCACAGUCGGAGCAGCGAGCGGUCCAGCCACAGGAGAACCCGCAGUGGGUCGCGGGACCGGGAGCGUCGCAAGGGCAGAGAGAAGGAAAAGAGGGAGAAGGAGAAAGGCACGGACAAGGAGGGCCACGGCGCCAAGCGAGGGGAAUCUGGAAGCAUCAAAGCUGGAUUAGAACAUCUGCCACCAGCAGAACAGGCCAAAGCCAGACUCCAGCUGGUUCUUGAAGCUGCUGCAAAAGCUGAUGAAGCGUUGAAAGCCAGAGAAAGAAAUGAAGAGGAAGCCAAGAGGCGCAAGGAGGAAGACCAGCCCACCCUGGGCGCGCAGGUGAAGAGGGUGAAGGAGAUUGAGGCCAUCGAGAGCGGCGGCUUCGUGCAGCAGGCCUUCCGGUCCAGCAAGGAGGUCAAGAAGCAGGUGGAGGCGGGCGAGGUGAGGCCUGCAGUGGCCGUGGCGGGACCCGCGGCGGCAGCAGCAGCAGCGACGGACCCACCCAGUGGCGAGAAGGGGGCGGACGCCAACAGCAUCCCAACCACCAUCAAGUACCAGGACGACAACUCACUGGCACAUCCCAGUUUGUUUGUCGAUAAAGCAGACGCCGAGGAGAAGUGGUUCAAGAGGCUCAUCGCCCUCCGACAGGAAAGGCUGAUGGGCAGCCCAGUGGCGUGAGCUCACCGAGUGUGUUGGAGAUUGAGGGUCUUAACUCCCAGUGUCAACUUUUUCCUCUUCCAAAAGAAUUUAGCUGAUCGUAUGAAAAAGUAACCUCAUUUUACUAUUGUUUUCCCAUGAGCUUGAGAUUUUGUUGAUUUGAUAUUACACAUUGUGGGUAUUAAAUGUAGACAUUAAGAAUGCAUGAAGGGCUGGAGCGAUAGCACAGUGGGUAGGGCGUUUGCCUUGCACGCAGCCGACCCGGGUUCGAUUCCCAGCAUCCCAUAUGGUCCCCGGAGCACCACCAGGAGUGAUUCCUGAGUGCAAAGCCAGGAGUAACCCCUGAGCAUCACCAGGUGUGACCCAAAAAGCAAGGGGAAAAAAAAAGAAUGCAUGAAAAUGUGAUACUCCUUAACAAAGCUGUUUUAAAGUGUCACCGUUUAAAUAAAUUGUAUACAGUCA